AUGGAGAGGACUUGCAACAGCACGCAGUACUUUGCCGCGUUGUUGCCCAUUGAAGUUUGGGAGGGGGUGUUUUUGUGGCUAGACACCGCGCACGACCUACAGGCCAUCAGAGGUCCGGUCGAGUACCGCCGAGAGGUGGAGAGGAGGGUGUGCGGCUGCCUGAGCGAGCAGGGGGUGGGCCAGGCUCCUCCUAGCGCCAGCCUCACCUUCAAUGAGGUGAAUGAGGCGUUCCACCUGCGCAGCGGCAACCUGACUGACAUCUGGCAGUACCUCUUCCACAACGCCACAGAGUCGUGGCGGUCGGAGGAUGUAGUGCUGUACAACUACAUCACUCAAUUCACUGAUGAGCAGCUGCUGCACGCCAUUGUACUGGCCAAUACGCUUGCACGAUGGGUGCUGUUACGUCCGCACAUCACCCGGACCGGCGACGCGCUUGAUCUCAUGUGUGCCCAUCUGGCAUCACCAUCGUCGGCCGCUUUGCUGGGCUUUGUGCGCGCCUCGGAUCUGGAGCUGCUGGUGUCAGUCACCAAGCAGCUCGUGCAUCAGCAGCAGCGCUUGGAGUGCCCGGAGGUGAACAGGCCCGGCUCGACUCCAGAAGACAAGGCAACAGAGACGCUCGUCGACCUCUCGUCACCCCGCGGAGAUCGUCACGCUCACGUGGUGUACCAGUUCUUGAGCACCCCGCCCGAGCAUGUAGCAUCGGAGUUGACCGCACGCAACUGGUCUCUGUUCUCCUCCAUCGCCAUCAGCGAGCUCUUUGAGCCAGCAUCGUGCAACCAGACUCCAGUCCUCAAGAACGGGCUGCGGUCGUGCGGCACUGGAUCGGAGUGGCUCAGGCACGAACUGCGAAAGCUCAACAACUUCAACGGGUUGCUGAACGUGCUGGCGGGCCUCAAUACUAGCUCCGUCGUCCGUCUCAAACAAACGUGGGAGCGUUACCGUAGGACAAUGGAGCAAGCCGAACAGCCCUGUAUACCCUACGCAGGCAUGAUCCUCACGGACAUGACGUUCAUUCAUGAAAGCUCGACGGCCCGCUUGCCCGAUCCCGAGUCCGUACCGUUUUCGCGGUGGCGGAUGUGUGCGAACAUCUUUGCAGAGCUUCGAAAAUGGCAGAGCGUUCCCUACCAGUUUACGGUGGAGCAGCGCCCGCCGGCCGGAGUGGCGCUCGUCGACCGCAUGCUUACCGAACUGUCUGGCCUGGAAGAAGCCCAGGCCUAUCGCUUGUCCCUUGCGAGCGAGCCAAGGAGCACCUGA